UUACGCAGAGGAGGGCUGCUGGAGGCUGGGCAAGAGGAAGGCUACGUGUCUUGAAGGUCCCUUUUUAAAGCCCCUCGCCUCCUUUUAGCCUUCCGAAACUUUGGAGGCUAGCUCGAAGUUUGACGAAUCCCACACAGUGAUUUUGUGGUGAUCUUUGCCCCAAGCUGUGUUUGGUUUGUGCGCGACGACAAGGAAGACAUGUCCGGGGUGAAAAAGCUGCGUACGGAUCUCAAUAAGUCGACCAACGUGGUUUACCAAGCCCACCACGUGAGUCGCAACAAAAGAGGCCAAGUGGUUGGGACGAGAGGAGGCUUUAGAGGAUGCACCAUUUGGCUAACUGGACUAUCUGGUGCUGGAAAGACCACUCUGAGCUUUGCCUUGGAGGAGUACCUGGUGUCCCAUGCGAUCCCCUGCUACUCCCUGGAUGGAGACAACAUCAGACAUGGACUGAACAAGAACCUGGGCUUUUCUGCGGAGGACCGGGAGGAAAACAUCCGGCGUGUAGCGGAGGUGGCUAAACUGUUCGCUGAUGCCGGCCUGGUCUGCGUCACUAGUUUCAUUUCUCCUUUUGCCAAGGACAGGGAAGAGGCAAGGAAGGUCCAUGCCAACUCUGGACUGCCAUUUUUUGAAGUCUUCAUUCAUGCUUCUCUAGAAGUGUGUGAGAAACGUGAUGUGAAAGGGUUAUACAGGAAAGCCCGGGCUGGAGAGAUCAAAGGAUUUACUGGGAUUGACUCUGAUUACGAGCGACCGGAAGCUCCAGAAUUGGUGCUUAAAACUGGAGAGCUGACAGUGAAUGAAUGCCUCCAACAACUGCUGGAUAUGUUACGAGAGCAGAAUAUUGUUCCCAGUGAAAUCCUGGAGGAGGUCACAGAACUUUUUGUCCCAGAAAACAAACUGAAUUUGGUUUUGGCCGACGCUAAAACCCUUCCCAAAAUCAGCAUUAAUAAGUUGGACCUGCAGUGGGUGCAGGUGUUGGCCGAGGGCUGGGCCAGUCCACUCAAAGGCUUCAUGCGGGAGAGAGAGUACCUCCAGGUCAUGCACUUUGGCAACCUUCUUGAUGAUGGAGCCAUAAACCAAUCCAUCCCCAUCGUCCUGGCUGUGAGCACAGACACUAAGCAGGAGCUGGAUGGCUGUGCAGCUGUGGCUCUGGAGUACCAGGGCUCUCUCGUUGCCAUUCUGAGGAAGCCUGAGUUUUAUGAACACAGGAAAGAGGAGCGCUGUGCCAGGCAAUGGGGCACCACCUGCCCACAGCACCCGUACAUCAAGAUGGUGAUGGAGGGAGGUGAUUGGCUGGUUGGUGGAGAUCUGGAGGUUCUGGAGCGGGUCAGAUGGAACGAUGGACUGGACCAUUACCGCCUCACCCCGCGUGAACUCAAACAAAAAUUCAAGGCCAUGAAAGCAGAUGCAAUCUUUGCUUUCCAGCUGCGUAAUCCGGUCCACAAUGGCCACGCCCUUCUGAUGCAGGACACUAAGAGGCGCCUGUUGGACCGCGGCUACAAGAACCCCGUGCUCCUACUGCACCCCCUCGGAGGCUGGACCAAGGACGACGACGUGCCUCUGGACUGGAGGAUGAAGCAGCACGCAGCCGUGUUACAGGAGGGCGUCCUAGAUCCCAAAAACACCAUAGUGGCCAUAUUCCCCUCACCCAUGAUGUAUGCUGGGCCCACAGAGGUGCAGUGGCAUUGCAGGGCGAGAAUGAUCGCAGGGGCUAACUUUUACAUUGUGGGUCGUGAUCCAGCCGGUAUGCCCCACCCAGUGACCAAAAAGGACUUGUACGAGCCCACACACGGAGGCAAAGUCCUCACUAUGGCGCCCGGGCUCACCUCCGUAGAGAUAAUUCCCUUCAGAGUAGCAGCAUACAACAAGACCAAGAAGGCUAUGGACUUCUAUGACAAAGAUCGUCAUGAGGAGUUUGAGUUCAUAUCCGGUACCAAAAUGAGGAACCUGGCCCGCAAUGCAGAGACCCCCCCAGAAGGCUUCAUGGCACCAACAGCCUGGAAGGUUUUGGUUGACUACUACACCUCAGCACAGAAAGAAAAGUAACAGCAAAAUCAACGCAUAUUGUUUAAAUCAAAUAUGUCAGAAAAAGGUCAUUUUUGAUUGACUGUAUGAAGAAGAAUGCUGUAUUAGCAUUCGGUAAUUUAUGCCAAGUUACUCCAAAUUAGAACAUGAACUACAUUCCAAUGUGAUUUUUAUAUUAACUUAUAACAUAUAUUUUAAUAAAUGUAUAUGUUUUUAUUUUAGACUUGUAUAAAUGUUUUAAUGAUAGAAAUUGUGUAUGAUGUGUUAUAAUGCUAAGGGUCAAAGAUAUGAAGAUUCGAAAUUCCAUUUUGACACAUAUGAUGAACUUCAGAGACGAUCACUAUUGUGCUUGUUUAAUGAAAGAAUGUAAAUCUUGUGGUAGUGUUGCUAUCAUGUAUUAAGUUGGUACAACAAGCUGGAGGUGUUUGUAAUCUGCAAUAAAAAACACACUUCCCUUAU